AUCCGGGUACCGACUCCAGCCGCCUAGACUUUGGCACUAUGGUCAUGGCGGAGGGGACGGCAGUGCUGAGGCGGAACAGGCCGGGCACCAAGGCGCAGGAUUUCUAUAAUUGGCCUGAUGAAUCCUUUGAUGAAAUGGACAGUACACUAGCUGUUCAGCAGUAUAUUCAGCAGAACAUAAGAGCAGAUUGUUCCAAUAUUGACAAAAUUCUUGAACCACCUGAAGGCCAAGAUGAAGGUGUAUGGAAAUAUGAACAUUUAAGGCAAUUCUGUCUUGAACUAAAUGGACUUGCUGUCAAACUUCAGAGUGAGUGCCAUCCAGAUACAUGUACUCAGAUGACUGCAACUGAACAAUGGAUUUUUCUUUGUGCAGCUCAUAAGACUCCAAAAGAGUGUCCUGCAAUAGACUAUACUAGACACACACUUGAUGGUGCUGCAUGUCUUCUGAAUAGCAAUAAAUAUUUUCCCAGCAGGGUUAGCAUAAAGGAAUCAUCUGUAGCAAAACUAGGAUCAGUAUGCCGUAGGAUUUACAGAAUAUUUUCACAUGCUUAUUUUCAUCAUCGGCAGAUAUUUGAUGAAUAUGAAAAUGAAACAUUUUUGUGUCACCGGUUUACUAAAUUUGUGAUGAAAUAUAAUUUGAUGUCCAAGGAUAACCUGAUCGUACCAAUUUUAGAAGAGGAAGUUCAGAAUUCAGUUUCUGGGGAAAGUGAAGCAUGAAG